AUGGCCAAUUCUCGUUAUGAAUACGUGAAACUCUUUGAGAGAGAAAAUAUUCUGUUACCAGAGACACACCUAGUCAUUCGUGUUGAUGGACGAGGAUUCCAUAAAUUCUCAGAUUACUAUGACUUUGAGAAGCCAAACGAUGAAAAGGCAUUGAAAGUCAUCAACAUGUCUGCUAGGCAAAUGAUGGUUGCAUUUCCAGACAUAACUUUGGCAUAUGGAGAUUCUGACGAGUACUCGUUUCUCCUGAAGAAAGACUGCGAGCUAUUUGAAAGAAGGGAGUUCAAACUGAUCACCACGUUUGCAGCUACAUUCACCUCUUAUUACCAAUACUUCUGGACCGUUGUGAAUCCAGACAAACCAUUGAACGUGGAACGAUUGCCGAGCUUUGAUGCCAGGGCAGUUGUGUAUCCAAAUAAUGGGAACGUUAGAGAUUAUUUUUCAUGGAGACAGGUUGAUUGUCACAUCAACAACUUAUACAACACAACUUUUUGGAAUUUGGUCUCUAAAGGAGGGCUGACGACGCAGGAGGCGGAAAACAGACUCAUGGGAACACUGAGUGCAGACAAAAACGAGAUCUUAUUCACUGAGUUGGGGAUAAACUACAACAACGAGCCGGAGAUGUAUAAAAAGGGCACCACUCUGGUGAGAGAGAUUAUUGACUUCCCCCUCAACAAGUACUUGGAGGCUCCAAGCAAGGUGAAUUUGGAGAGGAUUCUGAAAAGAGGGUGUAAGAAAAAGGUCAUCAAAGAGUAUAACGUUGAUAUUAUAAAGGACAAAUUCUGGGAUGAGAGACCAUACCUUUUGAACUGA